UAAAGAAGCAAGACUGCCCUACAAGACAGCUGCUGGUAUCCUUGGUGAAUCAGCACAAGAAAUGGAACCAGAAGCUGAAGAUCUUGAAAAAAGUGAUAACUUGACCUGGUCAGGAUCUGAUGGUUCCCAGGAAAUUUGUGCCUCUGAGUCUUUGACAGGGUCCUAUAAUGAAGAUGAUUACAGUGAAGCUGAGAACCCCUCAGCCCCUAGGUCUGGAUGUGAGUCCCCAGCGUUCCUUAAUUUGCAUGACUGGGAAUCUGUAAAUACGCAAGAGUCCCCUGCAGAGCAUUAUGAGAGGAAUGCUGCAGUUUCACACAAAGGCAAGGAUGACAUCUACAUUUGUGAAUCAAGAGAGUCCAUUACAGGAUCUCCUCACACCCAAACCUCACCAGCGUCACUUUCCAUAGACCCAGAGCCCCCAGAUUCCAUGCCUCACACUGGCCACAUAUUGUGGCAGCAUUCCCAGUCUUCCUCCUCCUCUCUUGGCUGUUCUGCAGAUCUGACCCAGGCCUUGACCCUGACCACAAAACAGCCCCAGGGAACCAGUUAUAGGCAGGGCCCAAGGACUGGGAACAGGAGGGUUGAAUCUUCAGAGGAAGGAGGGAGUGGUGAAGCACCUCCUGCUUCUGUCUUCUUUGGAAUUUCAGACGAGGGUGCUGAGCAGGCAGAGAAGUGGAACUCAGGGUCUGACACAGAUCUGUGCAGACCGGACAGGCACAGGGAAAGGUACACACGGCUCAAACACACCGAGAGCCAAUCAGAGAAACGUGUGAAGGAGACCAAGUCUAAAUGUAAACAAAUUGCCCGACUGCUGACUGAUGCACCCAACCCACAAAAUAAGGGAGCCUUGCUGUUUAAAAAACGCCGCCAGAGGGUCAAGAAAUACACACUUGUGAGUUACGGGACUGGUGUUGACAGCGAAGACCAAAUAGAGGGACAAACUGACGAAAUUAGAUCAGCUGGGUAUAACAUUGUGCCUACAAGUGAUUCAGAGCAAGAGGAGCAGUAUUCUCUUUAUCAUCAGCAGUAUAAUUUAACUGUAAGUUGGGGAAGUGUUCAAAAUAUGGAAGCUCUACCAGAGACAAAAGGGAAGGGAGUUUUGAUGUUUGCACAACGGCGCAAACGAAUGGAUGAACUUGUGUCAGAGCAUGAAGAACUGAGGAGUAAAGGAUCACCAGUGGAGGCAGUGUCAGAACCACAAAGUAUAAGAGGACAGAAUACCUAUGACCCAAAGGAAAUGCAUGUGCAUGCUGAUGAGACCAAAUACUCAGAUGUAAAUCUCAAGAAACAUUUAGAAUGCCAUGAUGAUAUUCAGCAAAUGAACCACCUCUCUAACGUCCCCAAACCUUUGGUGCCGAACAGAACUGCAAAACCUUUCCAGGGAUUUCAAGAUGGUUCAACUCCUGCUGCCAUGCCUGGGGGUGUCAGUCCAGUCCAAAAGAUGAAUGAAUCAAGAUUUAAAGUACCUGUGCCAAUUAAUACUAACCCAAAAGUUUGGUCUCCAACUGGAGACAUCAUAGCCUCAAGAGAUGAGCGAAUAUCUGUGCCAGCCAUAAAGACCGGCAUCCUACCAGAGUUGAAACGGAAAACCACUAAUAAACAGCCAUCAACGUCGGCACGAGGCACAGAUCCAAACAUUCAAAACAAAGGGGAAAGGCGGUCUUAUAUUGAGUCAGAAGAAGACUGUUUUAGUCUGGGUGCUGAGGCCUGCAACUUCAUGCAGCCCAGAACAAUAAAACUCAAGAAUCCUCCUCCAGUUGCCCCAAAACCCAACAUCAACCCAUCGUGCCCACCUUGGAUGAGGACAAGUCCCUCCAGUGAACCCUAUAUUCCCCCUAGAAGUCCAGUCCCACAACCCUCUCACAGUCCUGUGGGGCCUCAUAGUCAGCAUUAUUUACAGCAGCAAGAUUGGGCUCAACCUCAACAGAUGGCCAGCCGUUGGGCAUCAGAUCAAACUCAGGCAACACUUCAAACACCUGCCAAUGCCUGGGUUCCGGUCAACUCCUCUUCUCAGCUUCAUCUUCAGCCAACCACAAAUAGCUGGAGUCAACAGCCCGCACGAUCCCCUGUGAGUAUGCAGGCCCGCAGUCCCUCUUACAGCCCACAUUCACCCCCAAAGAACAAGUCAGACAGUGCUCCAAACUCUGUUGCUUCUUGCCCACCACAGACAGAGAAGUCAUACUUAAACACAUCUAAAGGCUUGCAGGCUUCUCCAAAGGGCCGAGUCUCAGACAGGAGUAUUAAACAGGGUGCCGAUGGUUCAGCCAUGGCAGGAAAGGGCGCAGAAUUGUUUGCCAAAAGACAGUCCCGUAUGGAGAAGUUUGUUGUUGAUGCUGAAACAGUGCAAGCUCAUAAAACAAGAUCCCCCUCCCCAACUUUGUCCCUUCCUAACUCUUGGAGAUAUUCAUCCAAUAUUCGUGCCCCACCUCCACUGUCAUAUAAUCCUCUUCUUGCUCCUUUCUACCCUCCAUCAGCAGCCAAGCAGCCCCCUUCCACGAGCCCCAAAAUCAAGCCCAACACCAAAGAGAAGCCUAAAUCAGCCCCCAAGCACCUCAAAGCCUUAGAUAUCAUGAAACAUCAACCCUAUCAGUUGGACUCCUCUCUUUUCAAGUAUGAUGCUGCCUCUGAGGCAAAAAGCCCCAGCCCUAAACCAACUCCUGUCUCAAAGUUUGAAAUUACCAAAAGCCGUAAACAAAGAUCUGCCUCAUCUCACUCUUCACAUAUUACCUCUGAUCUUGCUGUACAUAGCAAGAUAGAGACCCCCGCUAAGUCUCCUGGGCCGGUAAGUUCUCAAAAUUCCUCUGUCCAAAACACGAGAGCAGCUGAGCCACUAGCUACUGACAAGCACUUGGAUGAAAAGCUCGUUGCCACAACUGCAGGCAAUCACAUAAGCAGCAAGCAAGCACCAAGCGCCCGACCUCCCAGCACGUCCUCUCAGCAUUCGUCUAUUGGUGACAGCAUAGCUUCAGCUUUCUCCCCUGCAUCUCUUAUUGCUCGAGGCGCACGCCAAAUGGCUCCUCGUCCAAAAUUUUCUGCUAAGAAACCAGUGGUGACAGGAAAACAGUGGAAGCCUGUUGCUAUGCUUCAGUUGAUCUAAGACUGUUCAUGGUCAUGCUUUGUUGUAGUCUGAGGCCAUAAUUGCACCAUUACACCUGCAGCUUGGUGACUUAAAUAUUUUAACAAAUGAAAAUGUUUAGACUUUUUGCACUAAAUGCAGCCUUCAUCCAAAGUGAUUAACAGUAAAUAACUAUGAUAAAUGUAGGUAUUUAAAGAUACUGAUAAAUAAGUUUAAACUUAAAUUAAUUUUAGAUAAAUUUUUAUUAAUAAACCAAACAAAGUAAACAAGUGAUAACACUGACUAAUUCAGCUUAUUUGAAUAAUAAAUGAAUGACUUAUCGCAUUCUCCUUCUAAAACUUGGACAUUGUGUGUAGACUUGAAAGGGAAAAGUGAGAAAAAAUACUAAAUAAUUCUCAGGAAGUGCCUUUACAUGUGCAAUAAUGUGUGAAUAGAGGCAAAUUGUGUUAAUGCCUCCAGUCUUUAGUUGUUUUUGUUUUCUCUCUCCUUUGUAAGAGAGAAGAUCACAUGUAGCAGUAACAACCAGUGAACCCCCAAACAACACAAACAAUUAUAAUCGCCAUACUUAACCACUGUUUAAAAUUCUGUUAAGUGGUAUAACAAUUAUUCACUUCAUAUGUACUAAAUACUUUUAAUUAUUAAUUGUGAAUGGGGGAAACAUGUGUACACAUUUAAUUUGUGUGUGCAAACUUUUUUCAGUUCCUUCUGUCUCAUUCCAGAUUUUUACAGUAUCACAAAAGAUAAACAGAUUACCAUUGGGAUCUUUAACCCUGACAACUAAAAGUAUUAUGCAUCAUUUUUUAAUGUGUACAUAUCUCUCUGCAAGUAUCUGUUAUGAACAGUUGUUCAACUGUCAGUAAGUCAUCAAACAUUCUGCUUCUUUAUGUUAGUUGGGAAACACCAACAGCAGAGAUCUGAAUGCUGACGCUGAUUCACAUUAUAGCAACUCCAGAUGAAACAAGGAAAACAACUGUCUUGUUUGUCUCUGUCUUCCUCUGUCUGACUUAUCACUGUUUAUUGCACUUCUUGUACUCAGCACAGUUAUAACAUUAAAUUUCUUUUUCCUCCUA